CAGAAGAGAACGGCAGUGGAAGCAUCACCAAGUGAUGGGAUACAGACGCACCGAUGAGCGGGCAACAACACGGGACUAAAGGAAUACACAUGGAUGAAGAUAUGCAGAAGGGAAAGGAUGGAAUGACAUAAAAAAAAAAGAGAGAAAGCAUUUUGUUCCUUGCUGGCUUUCCUCUGUCUUCCCACUUCCGUUUUGGGCAUCCCACAGUGAAAACACAUACAUAUGAUAUAUAUAUAAAAUUCCUAUACAUAUAUAUCAAAUUAUGCCUGUUUUCAAAGAAGCUGCAGCUGAACAAGGAGACAAUUGACAACUAUUUGUUGUAUGAUUCAGAAAGGUAAUGUGCAACAAAUUUUCAGAAUCUGUUGCAUAUUAAUUGACUGACAUUCUUUGGGGUCAAUUUUUUGAAAAACAAAAAAUUCUACAGACUCGCACCUGAACCUGGCCCAAAAACAACAAAAGAGCAUCUGCUACAGUCCAAGAGGGCUUCCUUUGAAAACAGGAUGUUUUGAUGUGCCGAUGGUGGCACGCUGCUGCUGUUUGGGCUUGUCGCAUCUCCACUUCGUCGCCAACAACCUUGGGAGAUUUAUUCCAGCUAAACUUGUGCCAGCCUUCAUCCUAGAGUGCAAAGAGAUCAGUUCUUUCUUGACCCCAUGCUGAGAUUUUGUUAGCGUUGACAAAAAUCCAGCAGUCCGGCUUGGAAACAGGUCAGGAAUAUUUUGCUGUAGUGGACCAAAGUGGGACAUUUCAAAUUAAGGGUAGGAAGGAGUUGCUUCUGUUUGAGUAAGAACUCAGCAAAUAGCAAUGAAUGAUCCAUUAUGUAGUAUUCUCCUUUAAUAAAUCCGGCAUCAUUUUUUAACAGCUUCUCUCGUUCAGCAUCACUAAGACGUUGCGAUCCAACAUCACAACGCCAACCCUCCUCUUUUCCCCCACCCUUCUCUUCUCAAGUAGGACAAGGAUAAAUAGAAAAAUACUCAGCUGGUGUCCAGGCUCUGUUACAGAUCAUAGGAUCCAGUGAUAGGAAAGGUUUCAGGGGAGGGUGGCGGGGGCGAGUCAAUCAACAGUGAACUGGGUGCAAAAAGCCACUGGACUCCCUGUGUGCUGAGUGGAAGCUACUAACAAAGAAAGAGCAGCAGGGGAAUUGAAGCUGUUAGUGACAGUGUAUGUGUGUGUGCAUGCGUGAUAGGAAAAGACACCACACGUGCAAGAGGAGAAGCGCUUCUGGACUCUCAUCAUCUGAGGAUUCCAGCUGGAUGAGUGCCCAGAGUUUUCUUUUAAAGAACAGCUGCGUUUACCUGUUGGCUCAUUGACCGAGAGUUGAAAGUAGAAGACCUGAAAAAAAAAGAUGCCCACUACUAAAAUAAAAGAUCACCCUUUGUGCAGUGACGGUGUCAACGGCAGGAUGAAAGAUGCAAGUUAAGUGGAGGAGGAGGAGGCAGACAACUCCUUUGGGAAACAACACACUCCGGUGAGUUUUCCUUGGGACGUCAGAAGUGAUUUGGCGCUACGCAUCAAAUGUGUAACUCACUCAGGAAUACCAGCAUGUCUCAGGAUUGAGAAACUCACCAAGAUGGGGGUUUGGGACCGUUUGUGAGUCUUAGAAGAAUACCCCCUUCUUCUUUUGACAGCAGACAUUUUCACAGCCUGUUCUUUGACUGAGCAAAGUGGGAAACUGAUUGCAGAAAAUGCUACAGGCACGAUUAUUUGCGGACAACAAGCGCUUCUAAACUGGAUUCUCUACAAGACAGCGGAUUCAGAUUUGUUUCGAACUUUCGGAUGCCAUACAGCUUAUUGAAAGGUUCUUCAAUGUUGGGUCUAUAAAUUACGCAUCAACACUGAGGCAUCAAGACCAAGGAUCAAAGAUGUCUGGGUACAUGCGAACAAUAUUGGUCAGCUUCUCAGUGGCCGUUCUUUUAGGAUUGACCUCUCUGGGAGGUCUAAACCAUCAGCCUUUGGGCCAGGUUUCAGCCCAGGCUUCUCCAAAUAACCUCACAACUGAGCCCUCAGUUUUACCAGAAGCUGCCCUUGCCACACCGACUCCAGACACAGAGGAUAAAACGGCGCCAGGCGGUGCGAAUCGUUGCUGGGGUUACUACGACGUCAUGGGCCAGUGGGACCCACCUUUCAAUUGUAACGCAGGGAUCUAUAGCUUUUGUUGUGGCUCCUGCUUCUACCGCUUCUGCUGCCAAUUCAAAAUCCACAGUUUGGACCAGACUUCCUGUUCAAACUACGAUACACCUGUCUGGGCAAACACCGGGCGACCGGCAGCCCCCGUCACAGAGGUCCAAGAGGAACCAGACCGCGAUCGAACCCACAUGAUCGUGUAUAUUAUUUGUGGCGUGGUGGCCAUCAUGGUCCUCAUCGGAAUUUUCACCAAGUUGGGGCUGGAGAAGAGUCGAGGCGGACAAACAGACAUGACCAAUUCCAGGACUUUGACAGAGUUGCUGAAGCAGCCAGGCGAGGCAGGAGUUGUGGAUGGAACCGGAAUACACCACCCUAUAGGGACCAAUGGUAUCUCGGCUAGGGCGUUACGCUCCAACAACGAUCAUAACCAUUUGAAUAAUGCAGCCCUUUCUCCUCUGGGUCCAGCCAUGGCAUUGUCCCACCCUCAUAACAACCUGGGAAUUGGUUUCAAUAAGUACUCCUCACUCAAGGGUGUAGAGACAACGCCUAGAGACUACUACAAGAGCUACCCGAUGGUAGAUUACACCCACCGCCAGUCUCCUCCCACUUUCCAACCAAUCAACUUCCACCCAAAAGAAAAAUCCUUCCUCCCACCGCCCGACAUCCAUGCACCGCUGGCCAUUACAAUCAAUGCCUCGCAGGUGCCCAAGCCCAAGAUAUCUAAAACCAACACCCACCCGCUGACAUCAGGCUCUGCCUUCAAAGCCUGGGACCCCGCUAAGAGCCACGUUCAGCGCCCGGCUGCGUCCCACAUGGUCCUACAGGCCCCGCAGCAUCACCACACUAUCCAGCAGCAGCACCACCAACCACUGCAUCAUCAGCCCAACAGCCGACGCCAAGCCUACUCCAAUAAAAGGCAAUUCAGCAUUGAGACGCUGCCCGAGCUCUUCUCCCAGCCGCUGGGCUACAGCCACUCACCACACAUGCACCCCAAGCACAAGGGACUGCCGACCAACAGCAAGACAGAAGUCACUGUUUGAACAUGAAAUGAUGGUUGGAGGGAAAAAAUACACUUUAAAAGAUGUGCUCUGAUAUCUUUUAUAUCCAUGGCCUAACUGCAGGAGAGGCAGGCAAAUAUCGUGUAAGAUAAGAUUUUUUUUUAACUUUUUCCUUAUCAUUGUUGAUAAUAUUAAUAUGGGUGUGCUUUGAAUGAUGACUGGAUCAAAACAGCAGAUAACCUGAGAAGGUGGGGGCUGUGAUGUAAAUAAUUGAUCGGCUUGUCAGUGUGUUGGCAUAGCGCUCAACUCCGUUCAUCUCAAACAUCCCACCCGAAUGCCUCGAACUGAAAUCCCACAUGAAGGCUCUAAUUACCCUGCAUGCACCAGCUCAAUCUAGAUAUUUUCCCCUAUCAGAAAACGGUUGUCAAAAGUAUCGAUACUGAAAUGUUGUAUCUGGAUUAGAGGUCGAUCGAUAUGGGAUUUUUAAAUGCCGAUACAAAUAUCUAAAAAACAUUGCAGCCAACUGCCGAUAUCCAUAGCCGAUUUUGUAAGCUGAUAUUUGAGGCCAAUAUACUAUUUUUAAAGCACGUAGAUUAUGAAUGGCAUUUUUUUAAUUGCUUCAACAGCUUCACAUUUACAAUGAUGAUCUGCGAUUUAAGAUUAAUUCGGUCUAGUGCUACCAAACCAUCGAACGCAGCACUUCUUUUUAUGAUUAUACACAUUCAGCAAGAACAGUACAUUAUUUCCAUUAAAUUAAACCCACCACGAAAAGAGCUAAACAAGUGGGAGCGUUUAAGAGGAUGCUCACUAUGCUAACGAUAAUGCUAAAAUGAAUGCUACGCUAACACUCCGUGUUACAUUUAGAGUUUAAGGAUCACUCAGUAAACACCUCAAAAGGCUAAAGUAACAUUGCAUAUUCACUCAUGCAAGGUAGAAAAAAAAUGUUAGAAUAUUUACAAAACAGGCAAGCCUGAAGCUUCCUGUAGGAGCCUGCCUUCAAGCUGCUGCAGGGUCCUUCUGGGGUCCUACUGUCAGUCAGCGGCGGCCACAGUUGCCCAUAUAUGCCUGAUCAAAAUCCUUUUUUAUCGGCUUUUUUUUUGGGGGUGUUAAUUGUCCAAUGGCCAAUGUUGGAAAAGAGUUCAUAUACCGGCCCGAUAUAUCGGCCGCCCAAUAUAUUGGUCAACCUCAAAUCCGGAUAUGAUAUUUGAUUGCAAAAGUAUCGAUAACCAGUUAUUUAUGCGCCAGAAAUUUGUUGUCAUGGGGUAAAUUUGAUUUUGCGCUACUCUUGAUAGUAGUGUAGGAUAUUCUUGUAUUUUCCUUGUUCACUAAUAUCUGCAAUCGACAACACUAGACGUUCGAUCAGUUGGAAGUGGGAGGG